AUGACGAUCGUGGUGGCGUGCAGCAUCACUCAAAACACAAUCUUCGACCUCGUCAUGCCCAUGAUCGCCCACGCCGUCGGCCAUGACACGGACUACAACCUCGGGUUGUUCGCCGGCGCGUUCAACGCGGCCAACUGCUGCGGCCAGUUUCUCAACAUUAUCUUGUCGUCGAUCCUAGUGCAGUCCGCGAUGGGCCAUGCAUCGCCCAUGCUCGUUGGAAGUGUCCUCAACAUCGGUGCGCUUCUCAUGCCGCUCUUCACCCUCCACGUUGACUUGCGGUCCUUGUCAUGCUGA